AUGGCCGUGUCUACUGGUAGCAAGUUGUUCAUUGGCGGUUUGUCGUGGAACACCACCGACGAAUCCCUCCGCCAAGGAUUCGAACAGUUCGGCCAAGUCAACGACGCUAUCGUCGUCAAAGAUCGCGAGACCGGCCGCUCCCGUGGCUUCGGUUUCGUCACCUUCGCUGAGGACAGCGCUGCCGAUGCUGCCAUCGAGAACCUCAACGAUCGGGAGUUCGAAGGUCGCCAGAUCAAGGUCGACCGUGCUUCCGAGCGCGGCUCCAACAACGGCGGUGGUUUCCGUGGUGGUCGUGGUGGCUACAACAGCGCCCCCCGCUACAACAACCAGCAGCAGCAGGGUGGCUAUGGCGGUGGCGGUUACCAGAGUGGUGCUCAGUCUGGUCGCUCCGAUGGCGACUGGGGCCGCAACUAA